AGCAUGGCACUUUAUGAAGUUUUGGAAUAGUUUGGCUUAUGCAUCGGUGCACGAGAUAGCCUACUUGGUUAAUAUCUGCGCGCUAUCAACAUCGCGUUAUUUUGAGAGAUGGUGACCUGCCCCCUGCUGUAGUAUUCCGUCCAAGCUAAGGACAUGGAGGAGUGCGAGUCUCCCCCUGCCAUAUUUAAGAGGAGGGCCUGGGCUCAGAGCCGAGUCUCCUGGCAGGCUUCUGAGUCGCAGGACCAGGGCACAGAAGAGCUGCUGUCUGCCCAGCCUAUGGAGGGUAAGCCUUCGACAAUCGCUAAAUCAGGUCCUUUUCCAAACAAGAUAGCGAGCUGGCUCAGAGACUGCAGGACUCCUCUUGGGUCCUCAUUGGACGAACGGAGCAGCAGUCCGUCCAAAGGGCCAUUAAAGAAUGGCUGUAGCUUUGAAGAUGACCUGUCUCUGGGAGCCGAAGCCAAUCACCUUCAAAACAGCAGCACAAAACCAGAGGCCAAUGGCUAUGAAACGCCAGCCAAGGACAAGAGGAGCCAGUUCAAGCAGAAGGGUAGAAGCAUGAACUCCACAAGUUCUGGCAAGAGUAGCGGCACAGUGUCCAGUGUUUCUGAAUUGCUGGACCUUUAUGAGGAGGAUCCAGAGGAGAUCCUAUACAACCUCGGUUUUGGGCGAGAGGAGCCUGACAUCGCCUCCAAAAUCCCUUCACGGUUCUUCAGCACCUCGUCUUACGCCAAGGGCAUUGACAUCAAAGUAUACCUGGGAGCCCAGAUUCAACGCAUGGAGCUGGAGAACCCGAAUUACGCCCUGACAAGUCGUUUCCGUCAGACAGAAGUGUUGGCUACAGUAGCAAACGUCUUCUCAGAGAUCUACUCCCAGGUGUCUGGAAGACCAAUGGAACGAAUCGGCAGCAGCGACAUAGAGGCAGUAAAACCCUCCCCACUUAAAAGAAACAAUUCCGCUUUGAAUGUAGCUAAGAUCCUGAAGCGCAACAUUACGAAACAUAACCUUUUGGCCUCUUCUACUGAGGAACCUGCCAAUCAGCCUUCAGCAUUGCAACCCGGCAGUGUAGAAGGUGUGAACCCCAUACAAGACGAAGUGACCGAUGUCGAACAGAAGCUGCAGCAGAAGGUCUUUAAGAAAAAGGAUUCUUCUCUGGCCACAGUGACCGAGGAGGCCCAGCAAGGUAUUACAGAGGCUUCCCUUGAUGGAGAUAUCCAAGGACCUUUAGCUAAAGACUCUACAUUAAUGAAUGGUGACCACUCUGCCUUGCACAACACUGAGACACCAGCUCUGAACAAAGACGUGCCAGAUUCCCCAGUCCUGGUGAGCAUCAAUCGAGCAUCUGAUGAGAGCGAUGGUGACCUCACGAGACUAUUAGAACUCGAUAGGGAGCACCAAGAAGCCAUCACUUCCACUCCAGACAAAGAGCCAUCCAACCUGCUGCCCAACCCGCACAUAGCCCACCUGCUCAGCCAACCCAGAGACUCCUUUGAGAUGGAGGAGUUGCAGAGUAACGAGGAUGAGACUCUGUCUGUGCCUUGUGGCAUGUCCGGAUCUGGCAGUAAGCGGUUAUUGAGGACUACCAGCCAGCAGUCUGAUAGCAGUGGGUUUGCUGAGGACCCAUCCACAGACGGUUCCGGUAAUCAUCUGAAGGUACAGGAAAGCUCAGACAGCUGUGACAGUGAAACUACUGUAACAUCACAUGCAGCCGACUUCAGCACACCUGUUGCAUUGGAGUACCCUAACUUUGAAAGACUGCAGGGUGAUGAUACCCAUCUAGACAACUUAAGCCAGAGUGAAGCCAAUCUAGAAGAUCCUGAGUUCACCAGCUUCCAGAUUCCCAAUCCAAACUCUGACAAUAUUAGCGUAUCUGCUAUCAGUUGCAAUCAUAGAUCCACAACAGUACAAGAGCCCACCACAAACUCUUUGGAUGGGGGUUCUCCCAUGAUGUUAGAGCCUACAACAGAUUCCAUCACAAAUAUAGACGCUACCACCAUCCCCUUAGCUGAUGGGAGCAACAUAUCCCAGCCUGGUUUGUGUAUAGAUCCAGACUGUGCUUCACCAACACUGACUCCACCAGACUCUGAGGACCUUAAUCUAUCUGUGUCAGAUCUUUCUUCUGGUCCUGAGUCUUCUGCUGAGCCUGGCACUGCUUAUGAUAUUGAUUCCUCAUCUGGUCAAGAACAAUGCCACAUUACGACUCAGAGGAAGCAGAUGGCCCUCCUCACCACCCAGCAGAGGUCAUCUUCUGUAGGCGAGGAGCGUCCGGGCCGAGUUUGGGUUAGGGACAGGGACUUGCUCAAAGACAGGGAAAACUGUGAGAGAAAUCCUCUGAGGAGAUCCAGUUCUCUCCCAACGUCUCCGGUCAGCCCAUCCCGUAUAGUCACCUCCUUGCGCAUCCAGCUCGGAAGGGGAUCCAUCAAGCACUGUACUCCACUCUCGUACACAUACCACUACGACGAGGAGAUACGUGGUGACCAGGAAGAUGUCGAUUCCAUUAUGGAAGAAGACGAAGAUGUUGAGCAUGUCAGGUGCCAAUCUACACUCUUUAAUUCUGUUCAAGUAGGGGGGCAUGGGACAAAGGUGGACAGGGGACACCCUCUCAACCUACCCCAGCAUAUGGCUCACUCGUCAAGUUCCCUUUAUAGUGUCCCUGCUGACUGGCCCCAUAGGCCCCUUGGGGAAGGCCAAUCUUGGAGUACAUGUAGUGUACCAAACCUUCCUCAUUUUACAGGUCCUGCCCACCCUCCUCCUCCUCCUUUUGGCCUCUUCCUGUCUCCACAACAUGGUGUGGCCUACAACUCAUCUUACCCCACCAGUCUUGCAAUGAAUCCCCAACAAAGUCCCUUCCCUCAAAUGCAAAGCUACUCUCAGUUGCAGAAUUCACCCUAUCCUCAACCACUACAGAGCAAUACCUUUACGCCGCCACAGGGGGCAGCCUUUACACCCCCACAGAACAAUACCAUUAUGCCACCACAUGUGGCGCCAUUUACGCCACCACAGAAAAUGCAUUUUGCAUAUCCACACAAUGCACCCUACAACCCUUCAGGCCCCUUCCACUCACCUUAUAACCAUUCUCAGGGUGCUCCCUAUGGUCCUUCGUUCAAUGUGCACGUCAAUCCUUACCAACCUCACGUCCCUCUCGGACACUCCCACAGCGCCCCCUACAACAGUUCUCCUCAUCACCCUGGUAUGCCUUACAGUCAUCCAUAUUACCCCUCUCCUUCAAACCCUUUAUCUUUGGGGAUACCUCCAGCACCGGCCCCUGUGAUGGGCAGCACAGAGAUGCAGCUCAGGCGUGUCCUGCAUGAUAUUCGUGGGACAAUGCAGAACCUCAACCAGAGCUCAUCCGUGCGAGGAGAUGACACACCCAUUGACAGGAUCGGUACACCCCGCUCCGUCCAACCGCUAUAUGAGGAGCUGCAGAUGCGGCACAGGAGUCUGAACGUGUUCCGGACACAGAUGAUGGACCUGGAGCUCGCUCUCAUGAGACAGCAGUCUGUGGUCUACCAGCAUCUUAGUCUGGAUGAGAGACGGGAAGCGGAUCAACUUCAAACACUGCGCAGUGCAGUCAGACAGGAGCUGCAAGAACUGGAGCUGCAGCUGGAGGAUCGGCUGCUCUCUCUCAAUGAACAGAUGCGCAGCAGCUCACAGCUCAGCGGCCUCUACCGCCACCACAUGGGCAUGCACAGAGGCCACAGCAUGGACAGCCUGUCUAAUUCUUCUGCCCUGCGGGCUAUGGAGCCGGUGACCGACCUGAUAAGGGAGCAGAUGUACCUUCAGUCUGAACUGGGAUAUGAAGCUGACACACACAGUUCAGGCCGCUCAUCGCGGGCGUCCAGUUCCAAAAGGUUGAACGGAACACAUCAGUCCUGCUCUCCUUCCCCACAGAGAGGCGGCGUUUACCGGACAACCCUCAAUCUCACGCCCACAGUCCCUCGACGGCCUAGAGAUGAGGUUCCUCGGCCUGUAUCCCCUGAGAUGAUUGAGCACAGCCUGACACCAGCCACCUCCUUUGAGUUGAGUAGAGGUGAGGAUGAGUCACUGGAUGGUCGGAUGAGCAGGAUGACUGAAGACAGCACUCCCUCAGAGUGGAACGGUAGAAGUGCAGGCAAUGGUGACCUGAAAAAUCUUAUUCAGGAGAUUAAAGAAAGCAUCGCACAUGAAAUCAGACAAGAGAUUGUGAAUGAGCUCUUGGCUGUUGUGUCGCCUCAGAGAUCUCCUCUGUCAGCCAGAAAGCACCCUGUGUGAGCAGCUUGGCUGACGCUUGAGCAGUUGAAUCCUGUGAAAAAGUUACACUGAACACUGGUUAAAACCUUGCACUGAAAACGGCCCAGCACCUAUUCCCUGGUUCUGUCUGUGAAGCCUUCUGGUCUCUGCUGUCUGCUUCUGCAUUACGGUCCUGUUUCUACAUUCACAGUGGUUGAAAUCUUCCAUUUGUCUGAACCCAUAAAAGGCACAUGGCUUAUUGUGAUAUUAAUGUGGUAUCUAUUACAGAAAUGUAAUGAAUCUUUUCGGUUGUAUUUAAGUACAUGAUGCAGAUCUUGUAGAAUUUUUGCAAGUGUUGAUAGCGGUCUUGUAAAGACUUGUGGGUGUGUACCGGUUUCAACGUUUGUGGGUGUGUUUGUCUGCCUUGGACAAAAUGUCUACUGUAAUCAGACUUGUUUUCUAAUGCAACCUCUGUGAGGAACUAACUGUGCAAUACAUUACACUUUUUUUCAACUUGAACUGACCUAUCACAACUACUGUUCUACGUUCAUAAUGCACAUAGCUGUCUCCAUUGUCUAGUUUAUGUUGAUAGUCUGUAACAUUCGAUAUGUAUAGAAAAGACACUUAAGGGGUAGUACACCCAAAAACGAAAACACAAGUCUGGCUUUCUUUUUCUGUGGAACACGAAAGGAGAUUUUGAGCAGAAUUCUAGCCUCAGUCACCAUACACUUUCACUGCAUUAUUCUCUCUAGACUGUGAAAGUGAAAGGGGACGGAGACUAACAUACUCCCUAAAUCUCCUUUUGGUUUACACAGAAAAGCAAGAAAGUCACGUGGGUCUGGAACAACAUGAGUGUGGGUAAAUGAUGACAUUAUUUUCAGUUUUGAGUGAACUAUCCUUUUAAGCUUUAUGCAUAAAUGUAUUUUUCAUUAAAAAGAUAAGCACUAAAUUCUCUAUAAUUGCUAGCACAUUCUAAAAAGGUUUAGUUUGAAUUCUUGCAGACAGCAGCUGUCCAAUCUGCUGUUUUUAGAUGAGCAUUUAAAGAGCAGAGAAUUCAACGUUUUUGACUUUUCCAGUGUGAAUGAAAGAACACCGGAAUUGUGGUAACACUUUACAGUAAGGUUCCAUUCAUUAACAUAUUUAAUGAAUUGGGUAUUAUGAACAAUAUGUAUUUUUUACAAUAUUUAUUAAUCUUUUUAAUGUUGGCUAAUAAAAAUGCAAUUGUUCUUUGUUAGUUCAUGUUAGCUCAUAAUGCAUUAACUAAUGUCAACAAAUACAGCUUUUGAUUUUUAUGUAUUUGCAUAUGUUGAAAUUAACAUUAAAUAAGAUUAAUAAAUGCUGUAAAAGUAUUUUUCAUUGUCAGUUCAUGUUAAUUAAUGUUGUUAACAAAUGGAACACUAAUGUAAAGUGUUACCAGAAUGGUUUACUGAUGUAGAUUUUAUCCAAGCUGUAAUGAAUUGUAAUACUAAUUGAUUUAUGUGACUAAGGGCAUAUGUUCCCUUUUCACCUGGGAUGCAUGAGGGAUAAUCUUUA